AUGGCCUUGUCAUUCCUUCAGUUCAACCCGGCGCGGAUACGCUCGUACAUCUUUCGGUUACCUCUCUGCACGCGUCUUCUAACAACUAUAAUCAUCGCUUUCUACAUUGCCUCUGUAGCCUUACCAUGGCUGCCUCAGUGGGCCGCUCUCAUACCCAGCCAGGUUGGCCUGAAGUCCAUGUACCGCUUUAACACAUACCCCUUCCUCCACGCCAACUUCUUUCAUGCCUUCUUCAACAUCCUCGCUUUCGUACCGCUCAUGGAGCGCUUCGAGUCCGAAUUCGGGACCCUCAUAUCACUGGCCUUGUUCACCGGACCAUUCGGUUUACUACCAGGGGCGCUGUACAUCUUGACCGAGCGUGUGAUACUGCGGGGCGACACGGCCGUUCAAGGCGCGAGUGUCUGGGUCUUCCUGCUCCUAGCCAACGAAGCCAUGAAGACCUAUAGAACAAACCCACACUUCAUCAUUGGGGACGUCAAAAUUCCGACCUGGACGACACCCCUCUUCAUCAUUCUGGUCGUCAGCUUCCUGGUUCCCAACACCAGCUUGGUAGGGCAUCUGUGCGGUGCUGCUGUAGGCUAUCUAUGGGGCCUCAGCUGGAUCAGAUUCCUCAGCCCACCGGAGAAGAUACUGCGCUGGGUUGAAAGCAAACUAAACCUGCUCGGCCGUCUACCGCACUACGUUUCGGUAGAUCAGAAGACGUAUGGUAGGUAUGGGGUGUUGCCGUCGAAUGCCCCUGCCCUGAGCGGCCAGGAUGGUGGACCCGUAGCAUAUACCGGCUCGACCCAGCGAUUAGGUCCAUGA